AUGGAUUCAGACGCCACGCCCAGCUGCGCCAUCUGCGGCAGUCCGGCACCCCGCGGCCAGGAAUGCCCGUGUGAGGCCGAGCGCCUCGAGCUCGCCGUCAAGCAGGCCGAGUCGCGUGCCAUGGAUGCUCGUCUGCGCGAGAUCAGAGACUGGGUCAUCACCCAUGCCCGAGCUCACAUUCUCCAAUUGUUUGAGCGCCUGAGCUCCGCCCGCCGCGUCGCCCAUACCGCCUACCUGUCGUCCUUGCCCUUCUACUCCAUCUAUGUCCAAUACGGCGGCCAGCCGCCGCUGCACCCAACCGCUCUCCAUCAGCUGCAGGCCCAGAUCGCCGAGGCGCAUGCCGAGUUGAAGCGAGGCGUUGAUGCCGACUGGCGUGCCUCGGUACUGCGCUAUCCCGAAAUACUCGAUUACUUCUACGGUCUGGUCGACCUGCACCUGCCCAGCGAGAGAGAUCCAGCUGUUGCCCGCCCGCCCUUCGCCCAAGCCGGCUACGCCGACCAGGGUUUCGAGGGUGGAAGACGGGACAAGGGCGCAAAGAAGGGCCGCGCCCGACCUGAGGCUCUGUCCGCACCGAUGCCGCCUGCCGAAUGGCCAGAUUGA